UCUUGCUAAAAAUAUUAUCGUGGAAUUGAAUGUUGACAUCUAAUUGAAAAUGAGUUACAAAGAUCGAGUUUUAAUUUUGAUCGGAUUUGACCGAAUUUUUCAAAUCGAGUGUUUUCAAAUAACGUCUUGAAAUUUUCAAUUAGGUUCCGAGUCAAUUUUGUGGGAUAAACAAUUGUUUGUUUGCCUAAAGAGUGACAAACAUUGGAUCAAUUAGAAUCACGGUGGAGUUCAUACCGGAGCUCUCAUCUUUCGUUAUUUUACUACUAUCUUCUCUUCGAUCUCCCGUACAAUCACUGUUCAUAUUCAUCUAUUCUCUCAAUUCAAUAGAUCUCUCUAUCUAUUCCAGUUUUGCUAAAUCACUGCUUCAUUGAUCGAUUUGCUUUUUGUUUUGCAUUAUGCUAAUUGAAUUGUGACUCUCAAUUGUUACUUGAUAUUUUAUUUAUCGUUUUUGAUGUGAUUUUAGGGUGUCGUGAUGUAUUUAAUCUGAAAUUAUUGCGGUUUUGAUCGAAUCUAAGAUCAAAAAUGGACUGGUGGGGCGGAAAGGUGUCUUUGGGAAACUUGGAUUUCUCAGGGGCAGUAAAUAAACUUCAAGAAAGUGUGAAGAAUAUUGAGAAGAAUUUUGACAGUGCUCUUGGUUUAGAGGAUAAGCCUCAGUCCAGCGAUGAAGCUUCUGGACCACAAACCUCUUCGAAUAGUAGAAAUGCACUAUUUGACCCUGUUAUGGCUUUGAUGGGGCGUAGAGAUGAGGAAAUUGUGGAUGAGUCUGAGGACAGAGAAAGUCCUGAAGAUAAGACAAUAAAGUCAGGGAGUAAAGAGGAUUCACAAGAAAUUCCAGAAAGAACACAUGAUCUCUCUGUUGUUGAAGCGAAGAAAGAUGAUGCUGUUGAUACUGAGCUUAAGUCUUCCACAGAGCAUGUGUUUCCGUCUGAAGUAGUGUUGCCCCCUGAAGUAGUAGAGGGGGAGGUGAAAGAGCAAAAAAAUCAUGUUGCUCCUGAAAUCGUCGACGAGAUGAUUUUGUCAGAUGAUUCUAGUAAAGUUACGUCUGAUACACAGGAACCUGUUACCUCAUCUGAAUCCAAAAUUCAGGAUGUUGUUGGAACAACUGAGUCUGAUAAGGAGCUUGAUACGGAGGGAAAAGUCGAUGGGGUAACCUCUGAAUGUUCAGACUCAACUCAAAACAAAAUACAAAGUUAUGAAGUUACUCCAGACCAAAUUGAUAAUGAUAUUAGUAGGGAAGCAAGUGAUGAGGUGGAGGCACUAGAAAGUAUACAAGAGCUGGCUGUAGACAGAGAAACCAAUCCUGAACACGUGGAAGAUUCAAGUGAUAGCCACGCUGGAAUCCUGAUUGAACAAUCAGAGUCCAUUGGUGUUAAGGCUGUAGCUGAAUCCGGAAGUCCGGCUAAAUCAGUCAAUAAACUACCUGAUGAAAUUCCUAGCAAUUCGAUUCAAGAAAUUGUUUCCGAGGAAAGUAAUUUAAAUGCUUCAAGUGAAGAGUCAAAGUCAUCUAAGGAAGAUGAAGGUGAUGCUAAGGAUGACAACCAUAGUCGCUUGACCCAUGUGUCUGACUGUGUUGAACUAGAGAAAUUGAAGGGGGAGAUGAAAAUGAUGGAGGCUGCAUUGCAGGGAGCUGCUCGACAAGCUCAAGCUAAAGCAGAUGAGAUUGCGAAGUUAAUGAGUGAAAAUGAGCAGUUGAAAGCUGUUAUAGAAGAGCUGAGGAGGAAAUCCAAUGACGCAGAAAUUGAGUCUUUGCGUGAGGAAUACCAUCAAAGGGUUGCAAUGCUUGAACGGAAGGUUUAUGCUCUUACGAGGGAAAGGGAUACAUUACGGCGGGAGCAGAACAAAAGAAGUGAUGCUGCUGCUCUUCUGAAGGAAAAAGAUGAAAUUAUCACUCAAGUUAUGGCUGAGGGAGAGGAACUCUCAAAGAAGCAAGCUGCACAAGAAGCUCAAAUUAGAAAAUUGCGGGCACAGAUUAGAGAAUUAGAUGAAGAGAAGAAGGCUUUGGUUACCAAGCUACAGCUUGAAGAGAAUAAAGUGGAAAGUAUAAAGAAAGACAAGGCUGCAACUGAAAAGUUGCUACAAGAAACAAUUGAAAAGCACCAAGCAGAGCUUGCUGGUCAAAAGGAAUAUUAUACUAAUGCUUUGAAUGCAGCAAAGGAAGCCGAAGCAUUAGCAGAGGCACGGGCCAAUAAUGAAGCCCGUACAGAGGUUGAGGGGCGUCUUCGGGAGGCUGAGGAACGUGAAACAAUGCUCGUUCAAACACUUGAAGAAUUAAGACAGACGUUAAGCAGCCAAGAGCAACAGGCUAUCAUGAAGGAGGACAUGUUACGCAGAGACAUUGAGGAUCUUCAGAAACGAUAUCAAGCAAGUGAACGUCGAUGUGAGGAACUUGUUUCACAGUUACCUGAAUCCACUAGGCCUCUUUUGCGACAAAUUGAAGCUAUGCAGGAAACAUCUGCCAGAAAGGCUGAAGCUUGGGCAGCUGUCGAGAGAACACUUCAAUCUCGGCUUCAGGAAGCAGAAGCCAAAGCUGCCUCUGCUGAGGAAAGAGAGCGAUCUAUAAAUGAGCGAUUAUCUCAAACUCUAUCUCGGAUUAAUGUUCUUGAAGCUCAGAUUUCAUGUCUCAGAACAGAGCAGACACAGUUAAAUAGAUCUCUUGAGAAGGAAAGACAAAGAGCAGCUGAAAAUCGGCAGGAGUAUCUUGCAGCAAAGGAAAUCGCUGAUACUCAUGAAGGUCGUGUAAAUCAACUUGAAGAAGAGAUCAAGCAACUUAAGAGAAAGCAUAAAAAUGACUUGCAAGAAUCACUGACCCACAGGGAACUUCUACAACAGGAGUUAGAUCAGGAAAAAGCAGCAAAACUAGAAUUGCAAAAGGCUGCCCAUAUACAGUCUUCUUCUUUGUCAGAUCAAAGCCUAAGUACGAAGAAUAAAUCCACACUUGAAAACGGACAGUUAACUCGUAAACUGUCAAGUGCUAGCAGUGUUGGGAAUAUGGAAGAAAGCUUUUUCUUGCAGGCUUCCCUAGAGUCUUCUUCCUCUUUGUUGGAGCGUAGAAAUUCUGGAGAGGCUACCAUGAGUCCUUAUUACCUGAAGAGCAUGAACCCAAGUGCUUUUGAAGCCGCACUUCGGCAAAAGGAGGGAGAACUUGCAUCAUAUAUGUCUCGCCUGGCUUCAUUGGAAUCUAUACGGGACUCACUUGCCGAAGAGUUGGUAAAAAUGACUGAGCAGUGUGAGAAGCUGCGAAGUGAGGCUUCUAUGCUGCCUGGCAUUCGGGCUGAGCUAGAAGCUCUAAGAAGGAGACAUACAGCUGCUCUGGAGCUGAUGGGUGAACGUGAUGAAGAGUUGGAAGAACUCCGUGCUGAUAUUGUAGAUUUGAAAGAAAUGUACCGGGAGCAAGUUAAUUUGCUUGUUAAUAAGAUUCAAACGCUAAGUUGACAGAUGGGUGCUGCUUGAUCACACCUGCGAUUUUACACAUCCAGUUUCCCAUCUAUGUAAGUGUUGUACCACCUACUGUCUGCAUUCAGUUUUUCACCCUGUAGUGUGCAUUCUGUAUUCCAUCCAUGCAAGUGUAGCACCAGUUUUACUACUCGCCAAAUUGCUGCCAAUCCAAUCAUUUCAAUAUUGCUGGGUCUCAAGUAAGAAACUGCAUUAUCUCUUGAUUAGAAUUGUAUUGAAUGACGUAUACAAACUUUUACCUUUAUCGGGAGGUCAGUACUGUAGUAACUUGUAGCAGUUUUUCAACUUACUUGGGAAGAUGGUUUUUGGAGAGAAUGGGGCAUGGCGAUGUAUAGCAAGAUACCAUGAGGGUUGCCCUUUAUUUAAUUGUAUCUAAUUAUGCAAAUUUUUUUUGCCCAUCAUUCGUUUGAUUGAGCAUGUAAAGACUUCCCAAUGUUUCUUGUGCAAUAAUUCUUGUUUGAACAUC